CUAAUGAUUAAUUGUUAACGAUUUAAAAAUUUUUAUAACUUGAAUAAUCUAUUGAAAUCAUUACUUGCAGAACAUUACAAUAAAAAUAUCACUGACACGUGACGUUGAUAUGAAAACAUGAAUGAUCAAAUACAAGUGCUCAUCAUCAGCCCCUAAAAGAACUCAGACUCUUAAGUAACAAAUUUCAUUGAAUAAGAAACAAAAUAUCAAACUCUGUGGCAUCUGCAAACAAUUUUUCCUGGACAUUUUCUCAAAGCUACUUUGCUUUUAAUUAAGUAUCACUGUAAGAAAAAAUGCAUCUAAUGAUUUUACAAAAAUCCAAAAAUGUCAAAUGUUAAUUAUUACAAAAUCUAUUGAAUUAAACAAAUAAACUUCAAAUAAUGCUUAACUCUUGUUCUCUGUUGAGAUUGUGUUUUUUGUUUGGUGUUCCCAACACCAGUGUAGAAAUGAAAACAGACAGUUGUAACGGAUAGUAAUAUUGUUUCUGUUUGCGGCCAUUAUAAAAUCUUAGCUUGUAUUCAUGUUUUUACAUGGGAGACACCAAACAGAAGUAAUGUAAAAUUUUUAGCAUGUUGUCAAGCUUAAAUUAUUUUUAUAAUCAACUGGCCUUGUGAUCCCCUAGAAAAAAAACAGAACAUCAAGGUUAUCAGAUCAAUAUUUUAUGUACAUUCAAAUAUGAAUAUUGUAUUUGGAAAUUACCUUAAAUUGUGUUAGCAUGCUAUACAAUGUUGUUCAUGACAUGUAAAUUGUUGAUCCUGUCAGGAAAUGUAAAUACGAUUUGAUUACAUAACUGCAAAGAUAAGCAAUUAAUGUUUAACCCUACAGGGGAGCAAAGACUGAUUUUUAAAAAUUUACAUUCUCAGUUUAGCCAUACAUUUACAAUUGUAUUAAUUCUUUUUAUUUUUUUUAAAUGGAGCAAAUACUUUUGUGUUAGUAAACAGAAAUCUGUUUCUUUGCUCUUUUUUGGUGGAAGAGUAGUUGUAAAAUUCUUCCACAAACUAAAUGUCCAAAAAUAUUUGAAGAGGGCUGACAAAAAAGUAUUUAUUUAUUGCAGUCCACAUCGCUAUUUCAUUAAGGUUUAAUUUUAUUUAUUAAUUUGUGUAUGCAGAUUUAAAUAUUCUGACCUAAAACACAAUUUAUGGUUGAUCUCAACAAAAUGGUUAUUUUGUCAGUUAAACAGAAUAUAAAGGAAAAUGAAUUAGUUUUCUUAAACAGUUACAGUCACUGUUCAGCCACAAGCUGGUUGUAUCAGAACUCAAAGUUAGAUGAUUAACCAAUAGGUGAAAGGUUUGCACACAGUUUACAGGAGUUAACCAUUGCCUCAGUCUUUCUUUGUGCCGGCAGCAUUAUGUCCUCUCUAUCUGUUCCUCCACCGGCAUGUCUGUUACAGCCUUUCACCGUCCCCCAGCGUCUUAUGCUUGGACCAGGACCGUCCAAUGUACCUGCACGGAUCUCGGCAGCUGGAGCCCAACCCAUGCUGGGUCACUUGCAUGCAGAAACCAUUGAGAUUAUGAACCACAUUAAGAGUGGCAUUCAGUAUGCAUUUCAGACUCGCAACAAAAUGACUCUGGCUGUAAGUGGACCGGGUCAUGCUGCAAUGGAGUGUGCCAUCUUUAACUCACUGGAGCCCGGAGAGAGUGUGCUCAUAGCAGUCAAUGGCAUAUGGGGGGAGAGGGCUGCUGAGAUAGCUGAGAGGAUAGGUGCCAAAGUGAACACAAUUGUUACCUCUGCUGGUGGGUACUUCACAAAUGAGGAAAUUGAGCAGGGAUUAGACAAAUAUAGACCAGUGGUGUUUUUCCUCACACACGGGGAAUCGUCUACAGGAGUGGUCCACCCCAUUGAUGGCAUAGGUGACCUUUGCCAAAAGUACAACUGCUUGUUUCUGGUCGACUCUGUGGCAGCAUUGGGAGGUGCUCCCAUCUUCAUGGAUAAGCAAGGUAUUGACAUUAUGUAUACUGGCUCUCAGAAGGUCUUGAAUGCCCCUCCGGGAACUGCACCAAUCUCCUUCAGUGAGAAGGCAUGUCAAAAAAUAUUUAACAGGAAGACAAAGCCAAUCUCUUACUUUCUGGACAUGAGCUGGCUGGCAAACUAUUGGGGUUGCGAUGACAAACCUGUACGCCUUUAUCAUCACACUGGGCCUGUGUCUUCUUUUUAUGGUCUGCGGGAGAGCCUGUCCAUCCUCACAGAAAGUGGUCUUGAAAACUCAUGGAAACGACACAGAGAGGUCGCAGAGUACUUCCAUAAGGGCCUAGAGGAGAUGGGCCUAAAACUGUUUGUGCAGGACAAGAAAGCACGACUGCCAACAGUCACCACAAUAGUAGCUCCCCCAGGAUAUGAUUGGCGAGAAAUUACUGGGUACAUUAUGAAAACCUAUAACAUUGAAAUCUCUGGGGGCCUGGGGCCCUCUGCUGGCAUGGUUUUGCGUGUGGGAUUGAUGGGGUGUAACAGCAGCACUGCUAAUGUGGACAAGGUUUUAGAGGCCUUGGCUGAUGCUCUUCAACACUGCCACAAGAGCAGAGUCUGACAGCAUGGCCAUCAUUGUCAAUCUUUUCAACCCCAUAUAAAGUUAGUCUUUGAAGUAACACAGCUGUGAUAUUUAAUCGCUUUGAUAUUUUAAUCUUAGUGUAUUGAGUUAUAGGUGCAAUAUAAAAUUAUAGUAAAUGUGACCAAGUCAUAACACCCUUAAUCUGACAAAUGUGUUUUGUUUCCAAAACGUAACCACCUUACAUAUAUAUAUAGUGAGAUCUUAAUGACUAAGUACUACUUAUAUUUAAAUAAAAUAGGAGACAAAAAAAUAUAUAUUUAUUUAUUUUUCCAUACAACUUAAAAUAGGGUUAAAAAGUGCAUUUCAUCUGAUUACAUUCACAUGCUUAAGACUUCAUUUCACACAUAGGACAAAGGUGACCAGAAGUCACCAUGCAGGUCCUGUGUAUGAUAAAUGUGAGGAUGGGCCCAUUGUAGUGGUUUAUUGACUUCUCCCAUUUUGCAGGGAAUGGAUUUAAAUAUGUAUUUUAAUCAGCCACGACUCCUCUAUAUGGACAGUGUCCUACUACUGUAGGAUAUUUAUCCAUUUGGAAACAUAUAUCUAUACUAUAAACUGCCAAAAAAUUUAUUUGUUAACCCGAAAAUGUGUUAAAAAUGCUGACAACAUGUAUUUAAAUGUAGCCGAAACCUCAGUUACACUCUGUGGUAGCAUAUGGGGCAGAACAUCCAAGAAGGAUAUAGCUGCAGGCAGAGCUCCAAAACCGGGCAGGAGCUCCAAACCAACACCAAAGAUAGGGCUCCCCCGAUAUAACCCUUAUUUUUUAAAAAUGGAAAAAAAAAUACUACAGACCAAAAUAUAUUUCAAACCUACAGACACGCACACCUUGCUACAUAAGAGUAGUUCCCAUCCAAAACAUACUUUUAAAGGAUUGAUCAAAUCACAAAUCAUUCGAUUCCAUAGAAUUUGCUCUAAAAAAAAAAAAAAAAAAAAACAUUU